AUGAGUUCGAAUGAGGUCAUAAGUAUCCCAACAACUUCAAUUUCGAAGGAUAAUGUUGUAUUCUAUAAUUUGAAAAUUAAAAUGCCAUUAAGGUCCACUAGUGUUCUGAGGCGAUAUUCGGAGUUUACUCAUCUAGUUGAUCAAUUAUGUUAUGAUAUAGGAAUAAAUAACAAAGAUUUUCCCUAUAAGCUACCACUGAAGGCUAGUAUAUGGUCUAUGACAAACAAGAAUGCUGUUGCUUCGGAGAGACAAAUCGAGUUAGCGCAUUUUUUGAAUCAAGUACUUAGAGAUAGAGAUUUACAAAACCAUCCACUUGUGCACGAAUUUUUGCAAUUGCCAGCUAGCUUUAAUGUGACAUCUAGUAUUUUUGAAAGCAAAAACAAAGAUGCUAGUAUUACUGAACUAAUAAUACUGGAUGCUCAAGGUCUUGAUUCGCAUAAGUGGCUCGAAUAUUCAAGGUUAUUCAGGUACCAUAUAAAUGAACUUCGAGACUCUUAUAACACCUCCGGAAACAUUGGUAUGAAGGUGGAUAUUAGAGAUAAGAUUAAUAAAAUCAUUAAGCCUAAUUUGGCCCAGCUUUCGGACUCUUUAACUAAUUUACUUAACAACCAUAAAAUUGAUAAACGGGAAUACAGCAAGAGACAGGAUUUAUUAGAAUCGCUUAAGAGUGACUUGGGUGCGUUAUUUGGCGAUUUAGACGCUUUGAAUGGUAAGAAUUCAAACAAGCAAACUUUAUUUUCUAAUAGUAGACGGGUCUUAGGUGGGGCUAAUACUACUGAUAACGCAAAAGAGACCAAUGAAACGCUCCCUUUCAACAACCAAGAGCUUUUACAAAAGCAAAAACAAAUACACCAGCAACAGGAUCAAGAUGUAGCUCAAUUAAGACGGCUAAUUCAACGACAGAAAGAAAUUGGACAAACUAUUAAUACUGAGGUUGAAGAGCAGAAUGAGUUAUUAGACCAGGUCAACCAAGACGUAGAUAGGACUAACGAUAGAUUACAGGAGGCCAGAAAGAAAGCGAGAAAUAUUUUAUAA